AGCCAAGCGUUUUCUAAAUUUUGAGAUUUUUUAAAGUACCUACUAUGAAUUUUGAAUACGUGGAAUUACGUCUGCCCCUUCGAGUUAUCAUGGUGAAUCCAUUAUUGCCUGAAGCUCAAAUGUUUGCGCUAAAUAUCUUUAAGGGGCUAGUAUUUGGAUUUGAUCAGCUAAUAAGCAUGACCCUUCUGGUUUACUCUAACGAGGUAAACGAAGGUUUGCAUUGGAUACGGCAGGUGGAAUCGACUAGUGCAUCCUGUUUCAAUUCUAUUCAAAUUACAACAAAUUUGCCUCUCGUUUCAGACGGCGAUGUGUUUGUUAUCCAUACGAAUUUAAAAAACCCCAACAUUUUCGAAUGGCAUGAUAUUAAUACAGCAGAAUGUUUUGAUUCCUUAUAUUUACUUUUGAAAGUCGCUUCGAAUUUAGUAAUGCCGGAGAAAAGUAAAGAACAAUUAGAACAAGAGGAAAAUGAAAAACGAAAGUACUUUAGGAAGCACAGAAAGAAACUACAUAAAAGAAAACCAAUUUUUAUGUGUGAUGGUUUGGUAGCUAUGGAUAUUGUCUAUACUUUUUCGACUAACAUUCCUUCUGAUUCAUUUUUUUGCCCUACUCCGGUUCCGGCUAUUGCUACUUCAAUUUUAGGAGAUCAUCUGAAGGUGUUAUGUAGUGAAAUCAAUAGGAUACACAUGUUCGGGGCUAAUGACAAAAUGUUCCAUAUUGAAUAUGAAAGGCCUUUAGUUAUAAAAGACAUACGACCUGUACAUACGGUGGAAGAUAAUAAUGAAUUGCCUGCAAAGUCAAAUGUUUGCGAAUGGGACUUAUUUGGAUCGCAGCGUUGGAAGGAAUUAAAUUUGGAUUAUACAUCGUUCAACGCUUCAUGGAUGAAGAAAGAGUUUAUUGAUAAGGUGAGAGUAAUCUCUUCGAGCAAUCUACACGGACCGUUGUUCAAUUCUGCGAGGAUGACCAAAGCUCUGAAGGCGAUUUGGUAUACGCGUAACCAUCCGGAGAGAAUACCGAAUUUCCGAGCAGUUGGCGCCAUUAGUGAUGGUUCUUUGGGGACCACGAAAGGACUUCCAUACAUUUUUCCACUGAAUUUCUAUGGAGAUACUUGGAAAGUUAACACGUAUUUCGCUGAUGAUUAUUACGUGAAGGCAGAAAUUAAUAAAUACAAUAAGGUUGUACAGGAGCAACAUAAAAGGAUAUAUUCUAAGUGA